AUGAACAAGGAUCAUCCUGUGCUGAUCGAUAAUCGAUAUUUACUUGCUACUCUGCAUUAUCAAGGACGCCAUUCCAACUUUUACAAUGCUGUAGAUUCAUAACAGGAAUAAAAAUAGAUUCUUAUAUAAAUAGUAUUAUGAAGUACUUAUCAUUUAUAGAUAACUGAUUAACUAUGCAUAUGCAAGCUAUUUAAACGUCUGGAAUAGAGUAAUAUUGUUAUACUAAUAAGAAUAGUGGUUGAUUGUAGAGAUAAAUCUAAUGAUCAUUAUAACAGAAUGUCCCGAUACAUCCCAAUUCCAAGGAUCUAUAAGAUGGGAACUUUAGUAGUCUAGGACAUCACUUACCAUUACAUUGCCUGGUAAAAGAGUGGACCCUCCUUAAAAUUGUGCUUUAAAUUGAUGAAAUAUAAAUUUUCUCUGAAAACUAUCAUGUUGGUAGCACUUAAAAUGGUAAUUAUACUUUAACAACUAGCAUGAAGAUUACCAAUUUAUAGUAAAUUCAUAAUUUGAACAUUCUGCAUAGAAGUCUCAAAUUAUCCUGUAUAAUGACAACGAACCAUUCGAAUCUACUAAUCACUAAUUUCGAUGACUAUGUGGAGUUUCUUAAUAAAGAGGGUAAAAUAACAAACAAACCAAAAUAAAUCCACAUUAAAACUAAUAAAUUCAGCAGCAUUGGAUAACAUCUGCAACAAAGUAAAUUCAAUUGCAUAAUAAGUUAGUGCCAUCUCCAAGGGAUGAUUUGGAAUCUCUUGGCUAUCUCCUCUUGUAUCUUCUAAGUUAAGGGAAACUACCAAACAAAUGUCAAUCAAAGGAUUAAAACAUCAGAGAUAAAUUUUAUAUGGAAUUCAAAAGACAAUUUCUCCCUGAAAAAGAGCUGAAAUAAUACCCUGAACCAUUUUUGUAAUUCUUUUAAACUGUAUUCAAAUUGGGAUUUAAAGAAAUUCCCAAUUAUGAAAUACUCAAAUAGCCCUUUAUUCAAUAUCUAGGAAGACAAGAACAAGAUUAAAAUUUUGAUUGGUCUGAAGUAUUCAAGCCUCUUGCAGAAUAGACAGCAACUUCAGAACUCUCACUCAGGGACAAAACUGGCUCAUUUGAGUCCUUGCUGAUGAAUAAUAAUAAGAAGGAACCUUGCAAAGUCAAUACUUCUGCUCCAACUAGUCCAACUACUUAACAAAUUAUAAACAAGCCAGCUAAGGCCUCAAGGUUUACUCUAGCACCCAUAUUGGAAAAAAAUGAAUCUCAAAUGACGAGCAUAAAAAAUUGUGAUUCCAAUGCAGGAUCUCCAAGAUUUAAUCAUAAUAUAAAAAAUCUAAAAUUUGAUCAUUUACAAGAGGAUUCAUCUUCAGGAGAUAUUAGUCCAAGCGACGAACCUGCUGUUGAUUAACUACCAAGUUUUGAAUACCACCAACAUGAUACUAUGUGAAUUUGUUUAUAAAUUAUAUAAUUAAAAUUAUAUAUAACAACUUAAUUUUAUUUUCUUUUCAUCUACUUAAACAGCUCAAAUAUGGAUAGCAAUAAAAAGGUUUCCUUUAAUACUACAAUGAAAACCUAAACAAUUUAUGCCACUUCAAAUUCAAUUGAAGAUGACAAUAAAUUGGUGAAAGAUAUUUAAACCAAAAUUCAUUCGAUUUUAAAAGGAGAAAAUGCAGAAAGUGAAUAUUCACACAGAUUUAAAUGCAAGGUUCCGCUAUUGAAAACUAAUGAUGGCUAAAAAUUGUGCAAUAAAUUAAUCAAAUUCAAUGAACACUAUAAAAUUGCUGAAUCAGACAAAGAUUAAAUUGCAAUCAGUAGUAAGGUCUUGAAAUCAUAUAAGUUUAAUUCGGUUUUAUCCAAAAGGAGAUUGACCAAAAGUUAAUAACAAAAAUAGACAAUACAACACACUUCUCAUCAUUCGGAGGAUAAAUACAAUAAAAUUUUUAACACAGAAUGGUCUGAGUAUCAGAAUAUAUACGAUUUACACAACCUCCUCACUCCUAAUUCUUUAGAUAUGGGUCCUGCCUAUGCUGAAGUGCAAUUCAUUAAAUCUAAAAUCAAAAAACCGCACUAAGAUGCUGUAGUCAUGCCCAAAAGCAAUCGCAACUGUAUAGAAAAUAAUAAACCCAAAAAAUUUAUUGGUUUAGAUCAGAUUUAUCUUGUUUAACCUAAUUUAAUAUCAACUAGUAGAGUAGUUUUGAAAUCUACUAACAACAGGGAAUCAAAAAGUUAAAGAAGAAAUCAAAAAUUCUAAAAUUGA